GCAUCCGACAUGAGAUUUUGAGAACAGCCAAAUUUCCUUCUGAAAAUUGUACUCAAUCUGUCAAAUCAAUUUUUUUGAUGAUUAUUGUUUUUUGUUAUUUCAACUCUUCAGUUCUAAAAUCACAAAAAUUUUGUUUCAGAAUCAACAAUAGCUAAAAAGAAUUGUAUUCUCAACACAAACACACUACCUGUUAAUUUUAAAGUAGGUCAACAGUAAAGAAAAAAAUUAAAAGACUUUAAUUCUUUAAAAAAUGAUGUGCCGCAAAAAUUAAAAAAAUGUCAGAAAACUUAAAAAAAAGCAAAUUUCCAUCAAAAUGGAUAAAACUUAAUGUAGGGGGAAAACUUUAUGUUACUACUUUAUCUACAUUGAUAAAUAAAGAGCCAAAUAGUAUGUUAUCAAGAAUGUUUUCACAAGGAGGUAUGAAUCCAAGUGAUCUGGAUGAAGAAGGUGCUUACUUGAUUGAUAGGAGUCCUCACUAUUUUGAACCUAUAAUAAAUUAUUUACGUCAUGGACAACUAAUUUAUGAUUCUCAUUUGAAUACCGAAGGCAUACUUGAAGAAGCAAAAUUUUUUGGAAUAGAAUCGCUGAUUCCUCAAUUAGAAGCUCAAUUGGCCGCAAAUAAUAUUUCUUCUGACAAUAUUCCAUUGACAAGGCGUGAAGUUAUUCGAGCAUUAAUCCAAACAUCAUAUAUAUCAGAACUACGAUUUCAAGGUAUUAAUCUUGCUGGCGCUGAUUUAAGAAAGUUGGAUUUUAGAAAUAUUAAUUUUAAAUAUGCGUGUCUUGCUAAAUGCAAUUUAUCACAUGCAAAUUUGACUCAUUGUUGUUUAGAAAGAACUGAUCUUUCCUAUGCUAAUAUGGAAUGUGCUCAGUUAGUUUCUGUCAGAGGACUUUGUGCUAAUAUGGAAGGUGCUAAUCUUCAAGGUUGCAAUUUUGAGGACCCUACAGGAUUCAGAACAAAUUUGGAAGGUGUUAACUUGAAAGGAGCAUGUUUAGAGGGUUCCAAUAUGGCUGGAGUUAACUUAAGAGUCGCAAAUCUAAAGGAUGCUAAUAUGAAGAAUUGUGUUCUUAGAGCAGCUGUUUUAGCAGGAGCCGAUUUAGAGAGGUGCAAUUUGUCUGGAAGUGAUUUGCAAGAAGCUAAUUUAAGAGGAGCAAAUCUGAAAGACGCUGAGUUAGAAUUGAUGGUAACACCACUACAUAUGUCUCAAGCGAUUCGCUAAAUACAUUUACACUUUUUUUGUGAUAGUAUGUUAAAAAGUUUUUUCAUAAAAUUAUUUAUAAUCACGUUUACAAUACAAUUACAUUUUAGUAUCAAAAUUUAUUAUAUUUGUAUGACAAAAAAA